UACAAUAUGCUCUGUCUUUCUCUUGCAGUAAUUUUGAUUUCUUUCCUUGUUUCAUUGUCUCUCAGUGUGUUUUCACUUCUUUUAUUUCAUUAUGGUGUUGUGUAGGGACAUCCCUCAGGGUGCUACUCUCUGUCUGGCAGUUUAUGCUGUUUACAAGAAAAAGAAGAAAGAAGAGAAGGUUCCAUUAGCCUGGGUGAAUCAACCUUUAUUUGAUUACAGGUGUCAGUUUUGUAAUGGAGUCAGCAAGACACUACCUUGUUGGCCUGUUAGUCCUGAAGAACCACUGGAGGACCUCCUCAAUCCUAUCGGUACUGUUGUUACUAAUCCUAAUGCAGCUGAUGCUUCAUCAAUCAGUGUUCAGUUCAAUGAGUACAGUCAGCAGCCGAUCAUAUACCCCAGCAUGGAGAAGGUACUGGAGCUAGCAUCUAAAGAAAUGACUAAUGUAAGUUAUAAUGUGUAGGUUUUA